CUCAAAGAAUUGUAAAAAAUUUGAAUAAUGAAAUAUUUAUGAACGCGAUUCUUUUUGGCCUAUAGUGUAAUUUAAAUUUUAUAUUAGGCCUUUUAAUGCUCCUACUUCAAACGAAAAUGAAAUCCGAACUAGACAUUUCACAUUAACAUUGAUUUUGCUCAUUAUGUCUUGUACCCGUGUGACUAGUUCGGCCGCGCUUUGAAUAAUCGCCAUGAGUGUGCCAUCUAUAAAAGGGUCCAUAGUUACCAUUCGACUUGAACUGUUCGAUAGCCGCAGAUCUAAAUACCAAACAACAAUCACCAUGAAAUUCCUGAUUGUCUUCGUCGCCCUCUUCGCCGUGGCUCUGGCUGCUCCUGCCGCUCAGGAAGCCGAAAUCCUGCGCAGUAAUUCCGACGUUGGAUCCGAAUCAUUCAAAUACGAGUUUGAAAUUACCGAUGGACAGGCCGCUCAAGCCGAAGGUCAGCUGAAGAACAUUGGAUCUGAGAACGAGGCUAUCUCUGUCCAUGGAUACUACCGCUUCGUUGCUGAUGAUGGUGUGACCUACGAGGUUCAGUACAUCGCCGAUGAGAACGGAUUCCAGCCCCAGGGUGCUCAUCUGCCCGUUGCCCCCGUGGCCUAAGUGAAGUUGUUGCAUACACCGUAAGCAGCUUUAAAGCCCACCAGUCCUGCAAAACUCUUUUUUAUCUUCCCCAACACUUACCUACUUCCGGUUUCCCUUUUUAAAGGGAAAGAAUCCUUAGUUACAGAACGCAGUUUGUUGAAUAUUAAAGAAUGUAGAUUUUA